AUGACUAGAAUUUUAAGGUGCGUUCAAAAGUCAUGGUCUACUCUUUUCCGAAACCCAACUCUCAUUGCCAAACACCUUCUUCACCAUCAAACAAAAACAGAAAAUCCAAGUAUUUUGGUCAUGAGCUCUGAUUCAAUAAGAUAUGGCUUCUCCCUGCACCCUUAUCCUGAUGAUGAUAAUGCUGUGGUUAGAAUUGUCACUUACAACAAGAAUUCUCCACCUACCCAAAAUUCACUCUUCACAGAUGUUUACUCCCUAAAUGCUGAUUCCUGGACCCAAGUAAUUGACACCACUAUUCAUCGUUCAAACGUUAGGUUGCUUCCUUACCGUGCAAUGUACUUCAAUGGUGUUACUCAUUGGCUCGGUUUCUUUGACAACGGCCACAUAAACGAACUCGGGCAGAAUUGUGAUUGUGAGAUAAUUCUAUCCUUCGAGAUGAGUCGUGAGGUGUUUCGAAUAAUGAAGUUGCCAGAUGAGGAUACUAUGACAGAGAAAUACUUUGAUAUAUGGGUGAUGCGUGAAUACGGGGUUGAGGAUUCUUGGACCAAACAACUUGUUGUAGGACCCUUGUUAGGAAUUCACAGGCCCCUACAAUUUUCCAAGAAUGGAAUGCUUCUUCUUGUUGGUGACGAUGGCGCAAUAGUCUUGCAUAACAUUGGUUCUAAAGAAAUUAGGAAUCUUCAAAUUCCAGAGUUUCUGAAAUCAUUCAUCGGAAAAGAAGCUACGGUGUAUGUUGAGAGCCUAGUUUCACUCAAGGGUGCCUGA